AUGUCUACCCAAACUUCCGCUCCUAAGGCUACGCUCCUUGCGCCCCAGCCCGAGGUCUCGCUCCCCUCGUCACUUGAGGUCACUCCGACCCUCGCGCCCACGACUGACGUCUCUCCUGUCCUCUCUGAGAUCAUCUCACCUCACCUCGAUGAGGCAGACAAGGGCUUUGACCUCGACGUGCCCGUUGUUCAGCUCAACCCGCUCCCCGAGUGCUGGGGCCAUCGCGGUGCGUCGGCUUCGUUCCCCGAGAACACACGCCAGUCGUUCAUUGAGGCGUGCAAAGCUGGCGCCGACGGCAUCGAGACCGACAUUCACGUCACGGCCGACAAUGUUCUCGUCAUGUUCCACGACCCGCGCCUUGAGCGCACCACCAACGGCAAGGGCCUCAUCCACGAGCAGCCGUGGCAUGGCGUCCUCGACAGUGUGCACACCAAGAAGUCCCCGCACCAGCCAAUCCCCAAGUUUACCGAAGUGAUCGAUAUCCUCAUGGAGUAUCCGCGCGUCAAGCUUAACAUUGACUGCAAGGUCGAGAACAACCCUACCAAGCUCUUCACCCUCAUCAAAGAGGCUCUUGCCACGGUUCCAAACUGGGAGACUGCCAUUGCGCCCCGCAUUGUGCUCGGCCUGUGGCACCCCAAGUUUCUCGAGCCUGCAGCUUUGAUCCUCCCGACCGUCCGCCGCUUCUGCAUCUCGAUGUCAAUCUCCGAGGUCCGCAAGUACUUCUUCGACAAGUGCCACGGAUUUUCGGUGUGGUACCGCCCACUUGCGAGCGCGGAGGGAGCCAAGUUCCGCGAGGACUGCGCCAAGGCCGGCAAGGAAUUGUGCACGUGGACUGUCAACUCGCGCGAGGAGAUGCUCGAGUGUGCUCGCUGGGGUGUCACCGCCAUCAUCACCGACAAGCCCGAGUUGUGGCGCGAAAUUAAGCGCGACCUUGAGGCCGACCGUGCAAAGGUCCUCAAGCGCACGAUGCAGUCUUACGUCCUCCCAUUCCUCAACUACUACAACUACUCUAUCGGGUACCACGCCAAGGCGCGCGAGGAGUUUGACUACCUUGUGCACGAGGGCGGCGCGUUUGAUGCUCUCGACGCGGCCGUCCAACCUCUCCACCCUGCCAAGCUCAUCUAA